AUGUCCGCCAACACCACACCCACAGGACAACAAGUCAACGUCCUCUUCGUCUGCCUCGGCAACAUCUGCCGCUCCCCCAUGGCUGAAGGUGUCUUCCGCCACGUCGCCGCGUCACACCCACUCAUCAACAAGAUCGACUCCGCCGGCACGGGCGCCUACCACGCCGGCGAGUCCCCGGACCACCGCACGAUGACCACGCUGCGCGCCCACGGCAUCACCCGCUACGUCCAUGCCGCGCGCAAGGUCACCAAGGAGGACUUUCUGACUUUUGAUUAUGUCCUGGCGAUGGACAAGUACAACCUGCGCGAUCUGCAGGAGACGCGCGAGGCCGUGCUGGCGGCUGCCACCAAGAAAUCCGGCGCCGCCCGCGCCGCUAAGGUGGCCGAGGUGCGCCUGUUCGGGGAUUUUGGUGCCGGCGGCGCCCUGCAUGAGCGGGUGGGCGGGGGCGAGGUGGUGCAAGAUCCGUAUUAUGGUGGAGUUAAUGGGUUUAAGGAGGUUUAUGAGCAGGUUACGCGGUUUUCGAGGAAUUUUGUCGAGUACCUUGAGAAGGAGACGCAGGGAGUGGAGGAGUGA